AUGCGGCUUGUUUUUCAGGCGUCAAUAAGAAAUGCGAGCUCUAAAUUGAAUCCCAGCGUCCUCAUGUCGAAGACACCUUUCUUUCGCUCUUUCCCUCUCUCCAUCUAUGUCGUGGUUCUUCAUAUCUAUCUAUCUAUCUAUCUAUCUAUCUAUCUAUCUAUCUAUCUAUCUAUCUAUCUCAGUCUAUUCAGAUCUAUCAUCUAUCUAUCUAUCUAUCUAUCUAUCUAUCUAUCUAUCUAUAUUUAUAAUCUAUCUAUCUAUCUAUCUAUCUAUCUAUCUAUCUAUCUAUCUAUCUAUCUAUCUAUCUCAGUCUAUUCAGAUCUAUCUAUCUAUCUAUCUAUCUAUCUAUCUAUCUAUCUAUCUAUCUAUCUCAGUCUAUGCCUUUCUUUUUGUCUAUCUCAGUCUGAUCCUUCCUUUCUGUCUGUCUAUCUAAGUCUAUUCCUUCCUAUCUGUUUAUCCAUCUCAGUCUCUUUCUCUCUUUCUUUCUUUCUAUCUAUCUAUCUUUCUCAGUCUCUUCACAUCUCUCUAUCUGUUCCUAUUUAUAUGAUUUUCUCUUUUGCUCUUUUGCAUCUUACUUUUCUUCCUUUUCCCGAAUUCCAUAUCACAGAAACUGGAACUCUCCCUCUCUCUCUCUCUCUCUCUCUCUCUCUCUCUGUUCAUCACUCCCUCACCUAG